AUGAGAACAGCAAUUGGCUUCUCUACAAUCACAUCAAAGUUCGAACAAUCCAAAUCAACCGUAAAAGCUACAUUUUCACCGCCGGCGAUGGUACAGAGAUCGCCAUGGCAUUCUCCGGUACCGUAUCUCUUCGGCGGUCUAGCAGCUAUGUUAGGGUUAAUAGCUUUCGCUCUUCUAAUUUUAGCUUGUUCUUACUGGAAACUCUCCGGUCAUUUAAGAGAAAACGGCGAAAUUGAUCACGAUUCGGAAGUAGAUCCUGAGUCCGGCGACGGUGAAAAACCGGCGAUCGGAAUUGUGAAGGCGAUGCCGGUGUUUGAAGAGAAGAUUGUUGUGAUAAUGGCUGGAGAUUUGAGGCCUAGUUUUUUGGCAACGCCUGUGUUAAGUAAAAACUCUGUUUUGGGAGACGGAAGUGAUUUGAAUAAAUUCGAGAAGAAAUUGGAAAAGGAAACCGAAGAAUUAGGUGAUGAGAAGGAGAAAGAAGAAGUAGUGAUUGAAGUUAGAGAAAUGAGCCAUGGAGAAUCUCAAAACAGCCAUGGAGAAUCUCAAAACAGCCAUGGAGAAUCUCAAAACAGCCAUGGACAAAAUCACUAA